UGUGUUAUUUGCAGAAAAGGGAAUUAUCCAAAUGCCAAACUGGAUUCAUGGAGCGAGUGAACAACGUGACAGAAUUCAUUCUGCUUGGCCUGACUCAGAACCCAGAUGUGCAGAAACUGCUGUUCGCUGUGUUUACAGUCAUCUACUCUUUCACCCUGGUAGGCAACCUACUCAUUGUAGUGACAAUCACCUCCAGCCCAGCCCUGGGCUCCCCCAUGUAUUUUUUCCUAUCUUUCUUGUCCUUCAUAGAUGGCUGUUGCUCUUCUACCGUGGCCCCCAAGAUGAUAUUUGACCUCCUAACUGAAAAGAAAACUAUCUCCUUCAGUUGGUGCAUGAUUCAGCUCUUUGCAGGACAUUUCUUUGGUGGAGUUGAGACCAUCCUGCUCACAGUGAUGGCCUAUGACCGCUAUGUGGCCAUCUGCAAACCCCUGCACUACAUGAUCACAAUGAACAGGCGGGUAUGUGGCCUUCUGGUGGCUGUGGCCUGGGCUGGGGGCUUUCUUCAUGCUCUGAUUCAAAUUUUUUUUAUGGUCUGGUUGCCCUUCUGUGGUCCCAAUGUCAUUGACCAUUUCAUCUGUGACCUUCUCCCUCUGCUACAACUCUCCUGCACUGACACUCACAUAUUGGGACUCUUUGUUGCUGCCAACAGUGGACUGAUGUGUACGCUCAUUUUUUCUAUUCUUAUCAUCUCCUACGUUCUCAUCCUUUGCUCGCUAAAGACUCAUAGCAUGGAAGGACAGCGGAAAGCUCUCUCCACCUGUGCCUCCCAUGUUACUGUAGUCAUCCUAUUCUUUGUGCCCUGCAUAUUUGUGUACCUUCGGCCCAUGAUCACCUUCCCCAUUGAUAAAGCAGUGGCUGUGUUUUACACUGUGGUGACACCCAUGUUAAACCCUUUAAUCUAUACCCUUAGAAAUGCAGAAGUGAAAAAUGCCAUGAGGAAGCUCUGCAGCCACAGAAUAAUCUCCAGUAACAAUUCCUGUGAAUAG